UGACCCUUUAAACCACCAACUAAGGGAAAGAAAUGCAUGGUGGCCCUUAACAACUCUGACUCCAGCACCAACAACAACGAAAGAUAAAAUAAGAUGAUAGAACAAACUAUAGAAAAGAGAAUGGACGUCUCUAGGCAGUUAGAAAAGGAAAUGAGCCAGUUGCGAAAUCUUCGCGAGGUCUUGUCACGAUCGGGUCAAGUGGCAACCAAUGUGAGUAGCAUCUUGGACUCCUUUGAGCACCGACUAGCCCGCCUUGAGACAACCAUUCUGCCCUUGUAUCAGCAGACUGGUAACUUGCAGCGAAGACAAUUAAAUACAGAGAAGACUCUUCAGGAGUUGGAUUAUGUUAUUAGUUUCUACAAUGUUGCUGGUCAGGUGGAAGCGGUGGUUAAAGAGCGACCAAGCAGCAUUGGAGUCCCACAGUAUUUAGAAGCUAUGAAUCGUUUAGCUGAAACUUGCAAGUUCUUUGAGCAGAAUAACCCUCAGAGUGUAGAAAUUGAGAAUGUGACUUCCCUUUUUGAAAUAGGAACAGAUCUUCUCAGCAAAGAGUUUCGAGAUGAACUUAAAAAGUACCAGAAACCCGUACCUCCAAUAGUGACUUUGGAACUACUCGAAGAAGAAGAGGUGAGUGAGGAUACCAUCAGUGGAGUGGAAUUGAUGCCUCCUGGUGUGAGGGAGGAUCUGCGGGCCAUUGCUACUUGGCUUGACAAACAUAACAAUACGGAUCGACUUACAGUCUAUGCAAAAUUGCGUUCUGAUGCCCUUUCACAGAGUUUAAAGGCCCUACGGGACUUCCAGCGGAGCAGUAGUAUUGAACGUGGUGGGGCACCAGGCUCACUAAAUUCUCCAGGGCCCCUUCGUGCUAGAGUGGCAAAAUUGGACAGCACCUCGAAGAGCCGCACACAGAAGAUAUCUAACAGAAAGAAAAUAGUCAAACUAUGCAGAUUCAUCUUCUUCAGAGCAAACCGGAUGCUGCAGAAGGCAAUCACAGGACACGUGUCAUCACGCAGACAAGGUUCUCCUGGAAAUGCUUCGUACUCCCUGCAUGGCUCCCUCACCCCUCCGCAUGCAACCACUCCAGGGACAGUAGGUGAAGAAGGUCUUGAGGAUAGUGAUGUGGAACUUUACUUGAAUCAGGUAACUGCUCUUCAUCGGCUAGCAUUUGCUGAACUGCUGUUGUCCCAACAACUAGUGCCGGAAGACAGGGUCACACGUACAUUUGAGCUAAUUCUUCGAGACCCAAUGGACCAGUUGGUUGCUGAGGGUGAAGGUCUGGCUAGCCAGGCACGAAGAAGCGUGGGGAGAGGGGACCACCAAGCUGUACUCUCAGUUUUGGCAAUGUUACGUCAUGUCACAAACAUGCAGCCUGAGUACGAUCGUUUGCUAACAAACUGCCAGACAUCAAUACGCUCAAAGUUUGCUGCCAUCAUCAAUAUGUUACAGGAGACUUGUGUCAGAGCUUUGGAGGGCUUUGUAGAGAGUGUGAAGAGUGAUGGAGAGCGUGCCUUGCCUAAAGAUGGGACUGUACAUGAAGUCACCAGCAAUGCUCUCAUCUUCACUGAACAGCUUCUGGAGUAUGCUGUCACACUGUCACCAAUGCUUCAACGGGACCCAAUAUUAAGUGCGUCUCUGUCCAAUUUACCUCGAGGCAUAGAUCUGUCUCUCACAGCUAAAGCACUUCUUGGAGCUUACAUAAAAAUCUUCAUUACAUUUUGUGAACCACACUGA